AUGAUGGGCUGGACGAAAGAUACACAGAGUCGCCUUCGACUUGGAAAGCGUUACCUCAAAAGGGAUUACAAGGCAAAGGUUCUUCAUAUUCAUUCUAUAACGUUCUCAAACACGUUAACAGUUCUUAAAGCGGAAUACACGUUUGUAGAAGGUGCUUCUCUACCGAUUAAGCUCAUGCACUCGUGUGAACGAAAUACCCUUUUACGAGAGAGGCAAGCUUCAAUCUGAGCCUGGCUGAAAUUUUUGUCAGGUAAAAAGUUGAUCUGUAUAUUUCUUUUAGAUCGCAAAUAUUGCUGGAAAAUUUGUUUCUUUUUCUUUCGAUUACUUUUUUAGAGUUUCGCAAUGACUACUUUUUUAGUGUAUAUUAAUUACAUGGCACCUAGGCCCAUCAAAACGUAUGAGCAUUGCAUGUGGUCUGGUCAACUGUCGUGUGUAAUUUGUUUUGUGUGUAUUAUAAGUGCACGCGUGUUAGGGUUCUACUGUGGCCGAUCACUGCAAAUUGUUUGCGUUGAGCGACCCAAAGAAGCUUGCCUUUCAAGCUCAGUGCGGCCAUCAUCAUGACGACACCUGUGAUCGCAACGACCAACUAAUGUCAUCUCUCAGCGAAAUAGAAUCAGCAAUGAUCGCCCAGACAUAUAACCUGCUACCCGAAGUCAAGGAAGAACUUUCGUUUACUGUAAAGCAAGCUAAAACAAACAUCUAUGCCUGGAGGGCUCAUAUAGUAUGCUCCUCAAAUCAAGAUGCUGCAAGGAUCGAUAUCCUCGAGUCAUUAGAGGAGUCAUCAGUGCUACUUAUACUGGGCUAUGAAAUAUUUGCCGAGAAAAUACCGAGAAAGCCAAACCGGUUGGUUUGGCAAAUGUGGCAUUACUUGGCACACCAGCGUAGCCUUCAGAAAGGUUAGCGAACGUCUUCAAAUGCUAACCUUCGCUCACAUCUUCUAGAGGUGCACUCAAGACAGCUGUGCGGUCCUCGCUAUCGGACGUUAUUAAACAACUCAAGACCAUCAUGCCAGAUCUGAAGACAGUCAGUUAUAGCCAAGACAACGCUGGCCGCUACCAUAGCGGGUCUACCAUAGUCUGCGCAAACGUGGUAGGAAAAGAGUUGGGCGUAGCGAUCAAACGAUUGGAUUUUUCAGAUCCCCAGUUUGGAAAAGGAGCUAGUGAUCGUAAGGCAGUCUUAAUAAAGUCACACAUGCACAUUCACUUAAACUCUGGCAACGAUAUCGAGAAGCUCGCGCAGAUGGUUGAGGCUAUUCUUUCUUCCGGUGGAGUGGCAUCCGUAAGUGUCACACGCUACGAGUCUAUCACAAGCCCUCCGAUGGUCACUUGCAAAAUUGAUGGUUUGAGUAAACUCUCAAAUACAGAGCUCACUAUAGAGGGAAUCCGUGUAUGGAGAGCAUACGGUGUGGGACCUGGGAAACUGAUAUCUGCUCCGAAGGCUGAGAUCCCAUCACCAGAUACUCUGCCGUCAAUGGUAGUAUAA